AUGAGAGGGGUCACGGGCGAAGCAUCCGAAGGUGGAGAACUAUACGCUGUGGACACUGUUUCGCGCUACACGGACGAUGAGGAUGGUUGCUGCGAUUGGCACUACUGCAGCAAGCCACGGAUCGUAGACGAAUUCGAGGCAGCAAAGAAGGUCAUACUUCACUCUGUCCAGCGUGAAGAAUUCGCAGACGUCUUCCUGAGCCUUGGUACUAAUGCUCACUGCAAGCAUGCUCCGUCCAACCACACUCUGUCAAAACUAGACCCCAUCGUCGGCAAUGACGACUUACUGAGGAUCGGUGGCCGCCUACGAAAUUCGAAAGAACUCGAUGAAAAGGAGAAGCACCCUCUCAUCGUGCCAGGCUGCCACCACAUAGGCUUGUUGCUUACGCGACACUACCACGAAGACGUUGUCAGACACCAGGGGCGUCACUUCACCGAAGACGCCGUCAGAGCUGCCCGAUUUUGGAUUGUCGGUGGAAAGAGAUGUAUCAGCGCGGUCAUUCAACGAUGUAUGACCUGCAGGAAACUCCGCGGCAAGCUGGAAACGCAAAAGAUGGCACCUCUUCGUGAGGAUCGACUAAGCCUGGAUCCUCCUUUCACUUUCGUCGGGUUGGACGUUUUUAGUCCAUGGAUGAUAGCCGCACGCCGCACAAGGGGCUGCAUAGCUCAAAAUAAGAGGUGGGCGGUGUUAUUUACGUGUAUGGCCGUCCGCGCAGUCCACAUCGAAGUGAUAGAGGCGAUUGACACUUCGAGCUUUAUAAACGCAUUACGGGGAUUCCUGGCUGUCAGAGGUCCAGUAAAACAACUUCGGUCAGACCAAGGAACGAAUUUUGUCGGAGCCUGUGCAGAGCUCAAGAUAACUACAGUGGGUCUUGAUUUCAACAAGGUUCAGAGGUUUCUCAACGGACAAGGCUGUACGUGGGUUUUCAACACUCCACAUUCUUCGCACAUGGGUGGAGUGUGGGAACGUAUGAUUGGAGCUGCUCGUCGUGUCCUGGACUCGAUGCUACUCCUCAGAAACACCAAGCUUUUCUCACAUGAAGUCUUAACUACAUUCUUGGCAGAAGUCGCUGCCAUCAUCAAUAGCAGACAACUGGUCCCAGUCUCAUCGGAUCCUGAAUGUCCCUCUGUCCUCACACCAGCUCUGAUAUUGACUCAGAAGCCUCCCUCAAGCUCAGCACCUCCAGGAGAGUUCACAAGCCUCCAUGUAAAACAAUGGAGACAGGUUCAGGCCUUGGCCAACACGUUUUGGCACCGUUGGAAAGCAGAGUACCUACCCACACUUCAAGGCCGCAGAAAAUGGCAAAAAGAGCGACCCAAUCUUCGAGUCGGUGAUCUGGUUCUGUUGAAGGAUAGUGGAGCUAGGCGUAAUGAAUGGCCAAUGGGGCGGAUCACUGUAGUGCAUCACGGAAAGGACGGCAAAGUGCGAAAGGUGGAAGUACAGACGGCAAAGGACGGGAACAAGAAGACCUUCGAACGACGUGGUUCUUCUGUGCUCUUCACCUGA